AUGGAUUUAGAGAGGGGCUCCCUAGCCCCUCGGGAUGCUGAUAAUGAGAAGAAGGAAGUUCAGCUACGGGUAAUACCCUCAGAGCUGAGGUUCCAGGAUGCAGUGUUGGGGAAAGUGUACCAUCUCCCUCUCACUGUGAAAAACCUUGGCAGAUGGAACCAGAAGAUGAGGUUUCAAGAGCCAGAGAAGCCGCAGUUCAAGCUGUUGUUGAGCAGUCUGGAUAACGAACUUGCUUCUGGCCUUCAGAUGACAGUGAUGGUGGAAUAUCAUCCUGAUAGAAAUGAAGACAUGUUUGAUCUCAUACUUAUUUCAGUAGGAAAUAAAGUACUAGAAAUUCCUCUAGUUGGGUUGAUUCCAACCUGUCAACUGGAAAUUGUGCCAGUAGUUGAUUUUGGAACAUUAGUUGCGAAUAGUAAAGUAUACUGUAAAGAGAUUAGUAUUAUUAACCAUGGCAAAGCACCAGGUAUGUUUAAAACAGAAUACCAGGGUCAGUUACCUAUUGUCAUUUCUCCGCACAGUGGUACUGUGAAGGCUAAGUCAUCAAUGAUUAUCAAAGUGGAUUUCUAUGCAGACCAACCCCAAACUGUAGAUGAAGUGGCAAGAGUGAGUUUGCAAGGUCGUCCAGAUAUGUUUUUGAACAUCAAGGUCCACGUGGUUGAGCAGAUAAUUGAAUUAUUUAACAUGAGUAACGACAGAAAGUUGGAAUGCAUACGGUUUGGUUCUGUUUUCUUUGGGACAUCAAAAAUUGAACAUGCACUUCUGUUUAACAAUAGCCCAGAAACUAUAAACUGGGUGGCAAUACUGCAAAGUGAUUGUGUUGGAGAAGAAUUGGGUGCAAAUAUUCACCAAAGGGCAGAUAUUGCUUUGAAUAAUCUCUAUUACUUAAACAAAAUAAAGAAAAUAGAUAUGACCGAUUUUAUCACCUGUGUUCCUAAUGAGGGGACUUUACUGCCUUAUCAAAAGAUUGUAAUUGCAUUUUGUUUCAGCCCAAAGCUAGUAGCCGAUGAGGAAAAGGAUAUCAGCCCUUCACAUAGACAAGACUACUCAUUUUUUGUGAAAUUUGAUUCUGUAGAAAAUAAAGAUGGAUAUUUGAGAGAUGAUAACUCUAAAACCAUGAAAAGUGAUCGAUUUCAAAAAGUGGAAUUAGCAUUGACAGGCUCAGGACUUCCUGUCAUAUUACAGUUUGAUCCAGGAAAAGUACUUAAAUUUGCACCUUGUUUCGUGGGUGAACAUUCAGAUAUUCUAUGCGUUGUGCAAAAUCAAUCUCUAUCACUUCCUGUGGUGUACCAUUUUCAAAGAACUGCACACUUUAAAAUGGAUCCUGAAAGGGGAAAAAUUGAAGAAGGAUGUAUCCAGAAUGUGAUAUGCUCGUUUACUCCACAUCAAAUUGGCGUAUUUAACGUGAAGCAGGUGAUAGAGAUUAUUGGCCCAGUGGUAGACGAAUCUUUACAGUCUUUGUCGAUGAAACCUUUUCAUUACAUACAUCUAGAAUUCCACAGCACUUGCAAAGCUUACACUAAGAAAGUUGAGAUGAAAAUUAAUCCUGGUAUAUGCCCCUUGAUUACUAAUCCCACAAAACAAUUCGUGAUCAAAGAUUCAGCAAAAAAGGAGGAUCUUCCACCUGUGGCAGCAAUGCUCCAGUCAGCCAUGACAAGUCUUCAUAAUCAUCGCUCAAACGAUGAGUCAAUGAAGGAUGCACGGAUAGCCUUUCCUAAUGACCGUGCUGCAAGCAUCAGGUGUGGAGAGCAUCAAGAAAAUUUCAGAACAAUUUUUACAAAGAUUCCAAGAUACAACUAUAUUGAUCCUGAUUUUCAAUAUAAUGAAUUAGAAAGACUGGAAAAAAGAGUUCAUCAAGAGUACUACUCAGAGUACAUUAAACAUUUACGAAGUUUGCGCCUACAGAAAGAAGCACAGAGGAACCGCAAGAUUCCACAUUGUGAUGCAGACAUAGGCAUGGAGCCAGGAUCUGGUAUGAGGUCACCAUUCCUGGCACAAUCAGAAGUAGAAGAAGAGGUGCCUUCAUCUUCGAAGGAGUGUUUGUCCGAAGCUAAAAGAUUACUAACUACAAAGCAAAUCAAAUCUAAGGAGGCAGAAUCACUCCAGAGAAAGAUCAUCAAACUUAAAUCGAAGCCAACCACUCACCAUGAAAAACAUGACUGCAGCAUAAUUUUGACUCCAAAGCAAAUUCAUCAAGUAAUAGUUGGACCAUCUGUUCUUAACUUUGGUAAUGUUUGUGUGAGAUCCACAAAUACUCAGCUACUACAUAUUGUUAAUAUGCUGUCUAUGUACAUAUUGAUCCAGUUAGAUAUUGAUUUGGAAGAACUUCAAAAAACCAACCAAUUUUCAUAUGUGAUCCCACCAACAUCUAGUACAUAUAUUUCAAUGGUAUUUGAAUCUGCUACCAAAGGAAAAUUUUGGAAAUCAUUUACCUUUAGAAUCAACAACAUACCUGGUGGACAUAUCCUGGUGAUGGCUGUCAUCCUACCUGUCAAACUUGAGCUGUCUGCUAAUGAAAUUGUAUUGAAACCACAAACCUUCUCAUUAAAAACCUGUUUUAGGGGGACAGUAAGGCUAUAUAAUCAACUGAAUUGUUCUGCCCAGUUUGGAUGGAAACCAGUUAGUGCACUAAGAGGAAUUGCAUUUGCCAUUCAUCCGGCUAAAGGCACUGUUGAUGCGUAUUGCUCAUUGGAAUGUGAAGUUACCUGGCAGCCAGGCUUUAGUUCUGCAGAAACGGGAGAAUUUAUUCUUCAAGUCUGUGGAGGAAAUACAUUGACACUGAAGUGUACUGCACAUGUUGGGCAUACCAAAGUCACAUUUUUAGAGCCAAGGAUACUGUUCAGUAAUAGUUCUCAAGGUUUAACAACUUGGAGGAAAGCUAUUCUUCACAACAUAGGGCAAAACCAUGCUUAUUUCAAGGUUUGUGAUCAAAGCCUUUUUCCUACUAUUAACAUUAUUCCAUCAGAAGGAAUAAUCCCAUUUGGGGGAAUAACUGUUCUUAAUAUAUCCUGUACACCCACUGUGGCAGAAAAAUUUGAUACAAGAGCAAAGGUUGCUAUUCGUCAUGCAAAUGUCAUAGAUCUCAGGAUUUGUGGAUCUGUUGAAAUUGCAGAUGUUGAAAUCAUACCUAAUGUAUUUAAUUUCAGUGGCACCUAUAUUGGCACUACGCAAAUUAUUCCAUUUAUAAUAAAAAACAGAGGUGUAACACAUGCCAAAGUGGAGUUUAAUCUGAAAGACUUCCCACUUUUCUCAAUGAAUUUUAAGGGAAAUCCAGGAGAAUUAAAAAAUCCUGAAUUUCCUUAUUUAUAUGCUAUAGAAGUAGAAGAAAGAACAUCUGUGGAAUGUGGAAUAGCAUUUUCUCCUGUAGAAGUAGCAACUUAUGACUUUAUCUUUCAAGUUCAAAUUAAUUCCUUCAAAGCUUCAGAAUUGUACUGUGAAUAUUUGACAAAGAAAAUUAAGUUGAUGCCUAGAACAUCACCACUUAUCCCUCCAUGUUUUGUUCGAGCUACUGUAUUGAGACCACCAUUGAAACUAUCUAGCACUAAGUUGGUAUUUAAAGUCCCAUUGCAUGAGCUGGAUCAUAAUAAGGACGUCACAAAAAUUCAGGAUCUUAUGUUACAUAAUAUUUCCAAAAAAACUGUUUACUGGUCUUUCGAUAUUUGUAAAAUUGAUAAACUUUUCAAAAGUGGCAUAUUCAAAUUUACUGCACUGAUUGGGAGUUUGAAACCAGAUGAAAAAUAUACUAUUUCCAUACAUUUUUGUCCACGUGAGCCUAUUUCAUACUUAGGUGAUGUUCCUAUACGCUUAAAUGAUAAUCUAUUUGACUAUAGAACUUUAUCUCUGAUUGGAGAGAUACAAAAACCAAAGAUAAGUUUUGAUCCAUCGUUUAUUUGCUUCACUCCUGUUCCUUUGGAUAUCAAAACUGGGGUGGAUAUCAGAAUUUUGCCACAAAACUAUUUCAGUAAUUCAACUCUACACUUCAAGAUUCCUACUGUAGAACUUCUUGAUAAUGAUGAGAUUCACCCACUUACUGUGACGUUUCCGAAAGGCCGAGUUAUCACAGGUUGUAGUAGUGGAGUUAAUGAGGAGCUUCUGUGUCACCUCAGUUUCAGCUCAUCGAAAUCCAUUUCAUUUUUUGCCAGUCUUCUUUUUUGUGAUGACAAAGAUAACUGGUUUUCACUUCCAGUUACUGCAACAGCAGAAAAUUGCAUUCUUACAAUUUAUCUAUACUUGGCAGUUCAUCUGGAAAAGCAAAAAGUUAUUUUAAAGGAUGAUAAAGAAAUGAAAUAUACGAAUCCUAGAGGCAGUUUUAUGAUUCCCAUGACUCCACGAAAGUAUUCUAAAUUGAAAUCUUCAUUUUCGAUGAAAAGGGGAUCCAUUCUUUCUCAGUUUAAUGAAGCUGAUCUUACCCGUGGGAACCUAUUUGUUGGAAUGGAUAUUUCACGUCAUCAUUUGGAUUCAGAUGAUAGUCUUGCAGAUAAAAUAGAUCUUGGAUCCUUGGAAAAAGAAGAGAAGAACCAACAAUUCUUUGCUCCUGAAGAAGGAUCAAAGGCAUAUGACUAUUUUCAGAAAGUUGUAAGUGCAGCUCAGACAUGGUUCAGUCUCUUUGGCUGGCCUGAAGGGCCCCAUUCAUUUUCUAUUCCAGAGACUAUAAGAAGGGAUGUGCAAAAAAUGCAAUUCUAUUCAUCGUCCUCACCACCCAAGAGAUUUUCCAGACAGUUUGAUUUUUCCAAAUACAAUAAGACAAUUUAUGAUGUGGUGCUCCAUUUGAGUGGAAGACUGCCUCCUGGAGUUAACUCAAACCAAUCGUUACCUGUGGAUAACACUGAACGGGUGAUACAGCUUCAUUCACAACAUGCCUCACUUCUAGACUUUAUCACUGCUCAAGGUGGAUGCAUUUCUCAUGUACUGCCAGAAUUUUUGCUUGAACCAGAGGAUUACAAGAAGUGGCUUGAAAUUACAAAUUCCAUUGACCCCACGGCUCUCUGUACAUCUAAGGACAAGUGUUAUAUUACUAUAGACAUGGAUAAUUUUGAAGCCUGGAGUAAACGGGCAUGGACAGAUGUGUUUCUACAGAUAUACAAGGUUAUGAUUCUCUCCCGUGUUAUGCCACGUUGCUGCAAUUCUGUGCCACCCAUAAAUGUGCAGGAUACAUCAAAAAUCAAUCCUUGCUUUGUAUCCAGUAACAUAUAUUCUACUUCUGAAAGGGUUCUUCUUAGUUGGUUAAACACCAAUUAUGAGAGUAAUCGACAUAUUGUAUGGAAAAAAAGUGAAAGAGAUAAUAUUCCCUCUGAGAGAUGGAUAGUGAACUUUGACACAGAUCUUUUUGAUGGCCUUGUUUUUGCUACACAGCUGGCAGCCUAUUGCCCAUUUUUGAUUGAAUCUCAUUUUAUAAAUAUGUAUACACGACCAAAACGUCCUGAACAGUGUUUACACAAUUGUUUAAUUGUUAUAAAUAGUCUUCAUGAAAUAGGCUUUGAUCUGAACAUACAGGCAAUUGACAUCUGUGAUCCAAAUCCAGUAUUGAUGCUAAUGCUUUGUGUCUACAUGUAUGAAAGGCUCCCUACAUACCUCCCCAAGAAAGUGGUGACAUUCUCUUGUACUCUGUAUGAUGCUGUGCUGGGACAGAUACUAGUGAAAAACCCAAGCUUGAAAAGCUUAGUGUAUACAGCUACAAUUGUUGGAAGAGAUGCUACUGACUUCUGUCUUGGCCAGACAGGGAAUAUUAUCACAAUUUCUCCAAAAAACCAAACUGUCCUCACUGUGAAAUUCUUAAGUCGCUUCCUCCAUCCUUCUGAAGCUACAUUGUUGUUAAUUUCGAAACAAAAGGAUGGAAUAGGAGGCAGUACCGUGGCUUUUGCUUUAAAGGGGGAAGUACUCAAUUUUAAAGCAAUUGAUGUUCUAAAAUGCGAAGCUCCGUGUUACCAAUGGAAAGAAGUUACUGUGAAUGUGAGAAACCCCUUUUCAGCUGAUGGAGAUUUUUGUGUCUUUCUUGUGGAAUCCACAACAUUCAUGUAUUUGCCAUCACAUGUAUCUCAGUCUUCAAAAGUUGCGAUUCCUGAUCGUCAUGUGAGUAGCAGUGAUUACGAUGCUGAUAGGAGCUAUUCCCAUUCUGAAAACGGCUUAAGAACAUCAAGUAAAUCUAAUUUCAUCAGAGAGUUCUUCUGUUCAACACCUACAAUUUUCCUGGGAGCAAACGGUUCUUCAAGCCUAGAACUCUUCUAUCUUCCCUUUGAUAUACACCUUCGUUACUGUGCCAUUAUCCUGAGCAACAAAGAGAUUGGAGAUUUAAUAUAUAUUGUGGAAGGAAAAGGUUUGAUCCCCUUGCCUUCCAGUUUUCUUCCAAUCAAGCCUCCAAAUCCAAUGGACUACAGCUCAUCUCUAGAAGAGUGUAAUAAGGAAGAUCCGGUUCUGUAUUUAAACUGCAAACCCCAUCAAAUCCUAGAUGUGGAACUUAAACUACCACUGACUAAUGAAGCCAAGGAAAAGGCUUUGGCUUUUGCAGCACAGCAACAGAUGUCAACACUGGAAUAUGAACGAAGGGCCAUUGCUGGCACUCUGGAGAGCAGUACCAUUCGUGCGGCCAUUGCCCUCCUGGGACUAACCGAGAUUGAGUGCAUUUUGCUCUUUAAUACGUCAAAGUUGAAGAAGCCUAAAUCCACUGUAUACACAACAGAACUGAGUCUUCCAGCACAUUUCAGUAUACCCAGGAAAAUCUUUAUCCCACAGAUUCCAGAACCUCCAAAUAAGGCGGCUUCAUCUCUAGAAAUGAAGCCUGAAAUUAUUACAGCUUUGGAGGGAACUGUUUCAGUUCCUCUACGGUUUGCUCCUCUUGAACCUGGGUGUUAUCCUUGUAAAAUUUUGUUGGUCUCAAGAUAUGAUGUGCGUGUCUAUGUAAUUGAAGGUAUAGUAAAUGAAGAAAAACCAGAGGCCAAAUUGUUUUUUAGGACACCAGCAUUUGAAGCUGUUACACAGAAUAUUCCAAUAAAAAAUGAAACAAAGACACCUUGGAAAUUUCAAGUUAAAAUAGAAGGAGAGUGGUUUUCUGGACCUCGUAUUUUACAUGUCGGACCUGGCAAAACUGUAGAGUACCCUCUCACAUUCAAUCCUAUUUUGGAAUGUGAGAUUAUGGGUAAACUUACUUUACAAAAUGAAGUCGAUGGUAUGGCCCGUGUCAUUGAGAUAGUUGGGAUUGGGACAAAACCCCGGGCCUUGGACCACAUUGUUGUGAACUGUGAAGUGGGAAAUGUGACAGAUAAAUCCAUAAUAGUUCCUAAUUAUACAAAAAGUCACCUGACAUUUGAGGUAACUUCAGAUCUCUCAAUAGUGUGGGGAAAUUCACAUAUAACCAUAGACCCUGGUAAAUCAGUUCAAUAUAUCCUUCAUGUGUGCCCUUGGAAACGUGGAGAACUCACAGGUGCAAUUACAUUUUCUGUUAAAUGUAAAAAUGAGAAAGAUCCUCAGGAUAAAGAAGAUCAGGAAACAGAUACCUCCUCUCAAGACACAUCAUCAGAUAUAUCUACCAUUAUUUCUGAGGAAUAUUCAGAUGAAAAAGUUAAAGCUUUGAAAAUCUGGUAUCAUCUUGAGAUCCAUAGCUCUCCUGGGCCUCCUGUAGACACUGUUGAAGUGCAGUGUAUUGCUCUGGAGACCACUUACAUUGAAAUUCCUAUUUCUAAUCCAAACAACAAAAUUCUUCAAAUGAAUGUGAAAUUAACAUCUGAUUUCCUUGAUGGACCAGAGGAGCUUAGACUGAAUCCAUUAGAAUGUGCUAAGUACAUUGUGUGGUAUUCUCCAGCAUCCACAGGCUAUAAAGAAGAAAGCAUUAUUUUUCAGCCUGAAAUGGGUCAAGAGUUCUGGUAUUUACUGAAAUUAACAACUGAACUUCCAAAAACAAAGAAAGUCCCAGAAAUGCAGUGUGACCUUGGAAAGAAGAUCAUCCAGACCCUUCCCUUAUAUAAUCCCACAAGUGAAACUUUAGAAUUGGAAGUAAGGAACAGUAAUCCUGAGAAUUUUGUCAUAGAGCUUAACAGAAAAUCACCACUUGUCAUAACUCCUCACUCCACCACAGAGCUAUCUGUUUACUUUCAUCCAUCGGCACUUGGAAGAGGUGGUCACGAAACUUGCAUCAACUUCUGUUGUACUCAGUUUAAAGAAUGGAAAUUCCACCUAUUUGGAGUAGGACUACUUCCCAAGCCUAUGGAGGCACAAAGAAUAACCACAGUCCUUGGUCUUCAGACGUCUGUCGUGGUUCAUUUCAAUAAUCCCACACAGGAAGACGUUUCCAUUGACCUCAUAUUAACAAAUAAAGAAGUACCCAAGAAUCCUGUACUUGACGGUUGGGACAGCUUCCUCCAAAAGAACACCGCCUUCAGGUUUAGUUCAAUGAUGCAUACAAGAGGAAUUGUGGUUCCUCCGAAAGGAAAUUUAAAUAUCCCAGUGUUAUUUAUACCCAGAGCUAUGACAGUAUAUAAAACAAUAGUGAUUGUUAAAGUGAAGAGAGCAAGUAAAGAAAAUUGGCCUGUUGACAAUUUUGAUGAACUGAGUGAAGAAACUAAAAGAAUUACAGGAAUAAAUAGAGAAGAAAUCAAAGCAAUCCAUUGGCUAUAUCCUAUCAUUGGACUCCCACAGGCACCACCUCCUAAAAGUCCUCCAGUUGUCAUAAGAUGUCAGGCCAACAAGCGGGCAGAAACGAAGGUGAAGGUGUCAAUGGUUAGUAAUUUUUUUGGCCCACAUCCUUCACAUGAUGUGAUCGAUUUUACAGUGUCUCCAAAAAGAAAUUCAUUGAACAGCGUUUAUGAAGAUGUUGACGUAAUUCCAAGACGUGAAUUUGAGUAUGAAUUAGAAUUUGAAUCUGAAGACUUGAAGUCGAACUUGGAUUCCUCUGUGACCUUAUAUUUUUGCAGAAAACAUUUUAAUAUCAAACAUAAAUUGAUUUCAUUGACCUUCAAUGUGAUAUUUGCACCAAGAAAACCAUUCAAGGCCCAUAUUACACUGAAGGUUGAAUGUAUAACCAAUGGAAUCUGGAAAUUUCCUAUAACAUUGAUUGCUACUGAGCCUGAAGUGGAGGAUGUCAUUGACAUCCAAGGUGUUGGAUUAUUUAAGACAGCUAUGACGGAAUUUAGACUGACAAGUCAGACAAGAUAUUAUGACCCAUUUGUGGCCUAUUUUCUACCAGGAAGUGAUCAGGACUUUUUUGUAAAGCCUGAUUCUGGAAAACUUCCUCCAUUUUACACUGAAGGAAUUCUCAUUGUCAUAGGAUUCAAACCCCAAAUGUACAGUAAGAAAUAUCAUGCAACACUUGUAAUACAGACAAAUGAAAUAUACCGGUUGUAUGAAAUAAAUGGGUUACCUCCAUCACCCAGAUCAUUGGCGAACAUAAAAGCUAAAAUUGAUACUACUAACAAGCUAUGUGGCAACAUGCCAGCAAGUCAACACAAUUUCAUCCGUGAAAAUGCUAAACUCCGAAGCACAGGAGUAUCUUCUACCAUUAAAGGUGCUCCUUUGAUGAAAAAGAAUAAAUAA